AGCCUACAAGAUGAAUUGGAAAAGCAAGAAAAUAGCUUACAGAAAUUUGGUUCUGUGACCAAUCAGCUGUUGAAAGACUGUCACCCACCAGUGACUGAAACACUUACCAACACUUUGAAAGAAGUGAAUAUGAGGUGGAACAACCUUAUGCAGGAGAUUGCAGAGCGGCUGCGUGCCAGUAAGGGCCUCCUUCAGCUGUGGCAGCGGUACAAGGACUGUUACCAGCAAUGCUCUUCCAUAGUCCGUCAGCGUGAAGACCAGACCAAUGAACUCCUGAAGACUGCUACCAGCAAAGACAUUGCUGAUGAUGAAGUUACUACUUGGAUUCAGGACUGCAAUGAUGUACUCACGGAUUUGAAGACAGCACAGGAGUCACUGGUUGUUCUUCAAGAACUGGGAGAGGAACUAAAAAGCCAGGUGGAGGCUUCAGCAGCAGCAGCUAUACAGUCUGAUCAUCUUUCUCUCAACCAGAAUCUGUCAACCCUAGAACAGGCUCUCCGCAAGCAACAUACUGUACUUCAGGCUGGCGUGCUGGACUAUCAAACCUUUACCAAGAACCUGCAAGUCCUUGAGGCCUGGGUAACAGAAGCAGAAGAAAUAUUGAAAGCACAGGAUCCCAGUCACUCAUCUGAUCUCUCAGCAAUACAGAGUAGAAUGGAGGAACUCAAGAGUCAGAUGUUGAAGUUCAGCAGCAUGGCCCUGGAUUUGGACCGUCUUAAUGAGCUGGGUUACAGGCUUCCUCUGAAUGAUAGAGAAGUCAAAAGGAUGCAGAACCUGAACAGACAUUGGUCUCUGAUCUCAUCUCAGACUACGGAGAGAUUCAGUAAGCUGCAGUCUUUCUUGCUGCAGCAGCAGACCUUCUUGGAGAAAUGUGAGACUUGGAUGGAUUUAUUAGUUCAGACUGAGCAGAAGAUGGCGGCAGAGAUUUCAGGAAACUACCAGAGCCUUUUAGAGCAACAGAGGGCACAUGAGCUAUUCCAGGCAGAGAUGUUCAGCCGCCAGCAGAUUUUGCAUUCAAUUAUCUCUGAUGGGCAGCACCUCCUAGAACAAGGACAGGUGGAUGACAGGGAUGAAUUUAAUCUGAAGUUGACUCUUCUAAGUAAUCAAUGGCAAGGAGUAAUUCGCCGGGCACAGCAGAGGAGGGGGAUCAUUGACAGCCAGAUUCACCAGUGGCAACGCUACAGGGAGAUGGCAGAGAAGCUGCGCAAGUGGCUGGUGGAAAUAUCCUGUCACCCAGUGAGUGGGCUGGGCAGCGUUCCUAUCCCAUUGCAGCAAGCCAGAGCACUACUGGAUGAAAUGCAGCUUAAAGAGAAAGUUCUCCUAAGGCAGCAAGGGAGUUAUAUCCUCACUGUGGAAGCUGGGAAGCAACUGUUGCUCUCUGCUGACAGUGAAGUUGAGGCAGUCCUGCAGGCAGAGCUUACUGAAAUUCAGGAGCGCUGGAAGAUAGCUAGCACCCAACUGGAGCAACAGAAGAAACAACUUGCUUUACUACUGAAAGACUGGGAAAAAUCUGAAAAGGGCAUAGGAGACUCCCUGGAGAAGCUAAAAUCAUUCAAAAAAAAGCUUUCUCAGCCUUUGCCAGAACACCAUGAUGAGUUGCAUGCAGAACAGAUUCGUUGCAAGGAGUUAGAGAAUGCUGUUGAAGGAUGGACAGAUGACCUCGCACACCUCUCUCUGCUGAAGGAGAUCCUGUCCGUAUAUAUCAGUGCAGAUGAUAUCUCAAUCCUCAGUGAACGCAUAGAACUUCUGCACAGACAGUGGGAAGAGCUGUGCCACCAGGUCUCCUUACGUCGACAGCAAGUUAGUGAGAGACUGAAUGAGUGGACUGUCUUCAGUGAGAAGAACAAGGAGCUCUGUGAGUGGCUGACACAAAUGGAAAGUAAGGUUUCUCAAAAUGGCGACAUCCUCAUAGAAGAAAUGAUUGAGAAACUUAAAAAGGAUUAUCAAGAGGAAAUUGCUGUCGCCCAGAAGAACAAAAUCCAGCUCCAGCAAAUGGGAGAGCGACUUGCUAAAGCCAGCCAUGAGAGUAAGGCAUCAGAGAUUGAGUACAAACUUGGCAAGAUCAAUGACAGGUGGCAACAUCUUCUAGAUCUUAUUGCAGCCAGGGUAAAGAAGUUGAAGGAGACCCUCGUUGCAGUGCAGCAGCUGGAUAAAAACAUGAGUAGCCUGAGAUCUUGGCUUGCCCACAUUGAGUCAGAGCUGUCCAAACCUAUCGUCUAUGAAACUUGUGACUCUGAGGAGAUACAAAGGAAGCUAAAUGAACAGCAGGAACUUCAGAGGGACAUAGAGAAACACAGCACUGGAGUGGCAUCUGUUCUCAACCUGUGUGAAGUGCUUCUUCAUGACUGUGAUGCUUGUGCCACAGAAGCAGAGUGUGACUCUAUCCAGCAGGCUACACGCAAUCUGGACAGAAGGUGGAGGAACAUUUGUGCAAUGUCAAUGGAAAGGAGACUUAAAAUUGAAGAGACGUGGCGGCUAUGGCAAAAGUUUUUGGAUGACUACUCUAGAUUUGGAGACGGGCUAAAACACGCUGAGAGGACAGCUGCUUUCCCAAGCUCCUCUGGUGUGCUUUACACGGUUGCUAAGGAAGAACUGAAGAAAUUUGAGGCCUUCCAGAGACAAGUGCAUGAAACUCUGACUCAGCUGGAACUGAUCAAUAAACAAUAUCGCCGCCUGGCCCGAGAGAACCGCACUGACUCUGACUGUAGCCUCAAGCAGAUGGUUCAUGAGGGAAACCAGAGAUGGGACAACUUACAAAAGCGAGUUACCUCCAUCCUGCGCAGGCUAAAACAUUUUAUUGGCCAGCGUGAGGAGUUUGAGACAGCACGUGACAGCAUCCUGGUAUGGCUAACAGAGAUGGACCUGCAGCUGACCAAUAUUGAGCAUUUCUCAGAGUGUGAUGUCCAAGCAAAGAUAAAGCAACUUAAGGCUUUCCAGCAAGAAAUUUCACUGAACAACAACAAAAUCGGGCAGAUAAUUGUGCAGGGUGAGCAACUCAUUGAGAAAAGUGAGCCCUUGGAUGCAGCUGUUAUUGAAGAAGAACUAGAUGAGCUGCGUCAUUACUGCCAAGAGGUCUUUGGACGUGUGGAACGCUAUCACAAGAAACUCAUUCGCCUUCCUCUGACAGAUGACGAACAUGACCUCUCUGACAGAGAGGUGGACCUGGAUGAAUCAGCAGAUCUCUCUGACAUACACUGGCAUGACAAAUCUGCAGACAGCGUUCUCUCCCCGCACCCCUCUUCCAACAUUUCGCUGCCUCUUUCCCAGCCGGUGAGAAGCGAGCGAUCAGGGCGAGAUACCCCUGCGAGUGUGGACUCCAUUCCCCUGGAGUGGGAUCAUGACUACGACCUUAGCAGAGACCUGGAGACAGCUGUUUCACGGGCACUGCACUCUGAGGAAGAAGAUGGAGGACAAGAGAAGGACUUCUACCUGAGAGGAGCAGCUGGUAUAGCAGGAGAACCUGGUGCCCUGGAAGCACAUAUCCGACAGCUGGACAAGGCCUUAGACACCAGUCGUUUCCAAAUACAGCAAACAGAAAACAUCAUCCGCAGCAAAACACCUACAGGACCAGAGCUGGAUUCCACUUACAAAGGAUAUAUGAAGCUACUGGGUGAGUGCAGUGGAAGCAUAGACUCAGUAAAAAGGCUUGGAUUUAAACUGAAGGAGGAAGAAGAAAAAUUAUCUGGACUUAUUAACCUGAACAGUACUGAAACACAAACAGCUGGUGUAAUUGACCGAUGGGAAUUAAUCCAGGCUCAAGCUCUAAGCAAAGAGCUGAGGAUGAAACAGAACCUUCAGCAAUGGCAGCAGUUUAACUCCGACCUUAAUAGCAUUUGGGCUUGGUUGGGAGAAACUGAAGAGGAACUGGAGAAGCUCCGCCACCUUGAUCUCAGCACUGACAUACAAACUAUUGAGCUCAGAAUUAAAAAACUGAAAGAGCUGCAGAAGGCAAUUGAUAACCGCAAAGCGAUCAUCUUAUCCAUCAAUCUGUGCAGCUCAGAGUUCACUCAGUCUGACAGCGAAGAGAGCAAGAAGCUUCAAGAGCGCCUGUCUCAGAUGAAUGUGCGCUGGAACCACGUAUGCAGUAUGAUCGAAGAGUGGCGCUGCUCAUUGCAGGAUGCAUUAAUGCAGUGCCAGGAUUUCCAUGAAAUGAGCCAUGGUUUGCUGCUUUGGUUAGAGAAUAUUGACAGAAGAAAAAAUGAGAUUGUGCCUCUCAAUCCAAACCUGGACUCAGAAACACUGCAGGAUCAUCACAGACUUCUAAUGCAAAUCAGACGUGAACUGCUGGAGUCUCAGUUGAAGGUGGCGUCACUGCAAGAUAUGUCCUGCCAAUUGCUAGUCAAUGCUGAAGGCAGGGACUGUCUUGAAGCCAAAGAAAAGGUGCAUGUCAUUGGAAACAGACUGAAGCUCCUCUUGAAAGAGGUCACACGUCAUAUUAAAGACCUAGAGAAAAUUCUAGACAUUUCAAGUAGUCAACUGGAAUUGUCCUCAUGGUCUUCUGCUGAUGAAUUAGACACAUCGGGCUCAGUGAGUCCUGUAUCUGGAAGAAGCACUCCAAGCAGACAGAGAACGCCACGGGGCAAAUGUAGUCUCUCACAGCCUGGACCCUCUGUCAGCAGUCCACAUAGCAGGUCCACAAAAGGUGGCUCAGGUUCCUCCCCUUCUGAGGCCGGGCCGGCAUGGCGGCGCCCGUCCUUCUUCCUCAGAGUCCUCAGAGCUGCUCUGCCACUUCAGCUCCUCUUGCUGCUGCUGAUCGGGCUGGCUUGCCUGGUGCCAAUGACCGAGGAGGACUACAGCUGUACUAUGGCCAACAAUUUUGCCCGCUCUUUCCACCCCAUGUUAAAAUACAUGAAUGGUCCACCUCCAUUAUGAAGGAGACCCGUGAGACAGCGGGUGACCUUGCUGGAGUGCUGGCUGGGAGGCAGGAUGGUUUUAAAGGGUGACAGUAUUCAGUGUGGCAGCUUUACCUACCUGCUGUAGCCACUGCUAUAUCCAUAUCAUUCUCUGCUGGCACUCAGCUAGUAACGCAUCAGUAUAUCAGUAUCAAACUGCACAACGUAUUACCUGAGUAGCAUCGUUUCAAUACUCGCAUCCCGGGUACUAAGGAGGAUGUGACAUGUGUGAGGGAAAUGUCCUUCUGUCCAGCAUUCUGGAUCUUUUAGCCACUUUAUAUCCAGGUCAUUGCCCUGUACUAUGCAUAGCCAAGGACUUGAUACUGUAGAUCCCUCCCUGUGUGCUGCUCUAAAUGAGCCAUUAGCCAGUUUUGUUAAAUACCUUCUCAGUAUCUACAGUAUACAAAAUAACCAAUGCUAAAGAAAUUUUAGACAUUUGUAACAUACAAUUUUAAAGGAUCUUGUAUGGCAAUGUAUUAUUCCCUGUGGUUUCUGUUUUGGGCAUGGUGUUCUAACUUCUGCUUUGGAUGCACAAAGUGUAAAUCUAAGAAGCACUUUUUUAAGGUUUAAAAAAAAUGGAUGUAAUAAAUAAGAUCGUAAAAGGUUUUAUGAGGAAAAAUGUUGAAUGUCAAGUUGAAAAACAAAGAACAUAUUUAUGUA